AUGCUUCGGGAGGACUAUACUUCUAAUAUCAUCGAAUGCUCGAAUGCCGACUUUAUCCAAACGUACCUUCGACGAAGUUUCCUUGAUGAUACAUUGGUGGAUAGCAUAGUAGAAAAGUUGAGGGGCAAUAGUGUCCUGUUAGAGAAUGGUUGGCCCGAUCUUCGCAUUGGAACGGAAAACGAAAACGACACGUUCGCACCUCUCUCCAAAGUCGCUUCGGCCGUUGCAAAUGUCGCCGAGUCCUGUGGUGUUCAGGAAAAGCGGAGCUUUUGGGUUGUGCCAACGCGUACGACCCCCACGAAAUUAAAGCGGGCGAGUUCGACACUAUGGGUUAUCGACACUUGCCUGACGUGCGACGUGUUAGCGAAGAUACAAAAGUUGAGCUUCGCUACUUCGAACGGUCAACCAAACAAAAAUGCCAAUAACCAUAUACAGCCAGACGAAGAAAACGAAGGUCGAUCUUCUCAUGCGGCUCAUAAUGUAUCUGCACUGGGGGAACUAAGGCUUCGUGGCGCGACGGCCACAGCUCAGGAUGAUGAGAAGAAACUCAUCUUCGCAGCCAAUGAAAUCAUGUGUGAUGAUCCGACCAGGCGAUUUAUAUUUGGGUUCACCAUAGAGGCGAAGACGAUGCAGCUUUGGCUCUUCUGCCGAUCGCACAUUGCCAAGUGCGAGAAGUUCAACUACCAUGAGGAGCCACGACCGUUCAUUAAAUUUCUAUUGGCCGUAAUGUUUGGCAGCCGGGGGCAGCUUGAUUGGGAUCCUACGGUAACGCGUCUUUCGAAAAUGGUGAACGGCUCGGAUAUCGUCGUUUACGAGUACAAGAUUGGUUGCAGAAGAUUUCACACUGCCGGAAACCCAAUCUCUGAACGUUCAGCGUACCAUCUUGUCUCCCGAGCGACGCGAGUCUGGAAAGUGCAAGAGGUAACUCACGCCGGGCCAUCUGAUUCGACGUAUGUGCUCACCGACGUUUGGCCAUACAAAGAUGCCAAGCUCGAGAGGGAAAUUCUGGACGAUAUAUUCGAGAAGUUGGCCAACGUUGACGAGGAGAACACGAAAAAUGGCACGCCUACCACGCAUGCGAAGGACGCGAAGCCCUUCUUCCUCACUAUCUUGGAGGAUGUGCCCGUGACAAACACUGAGGGUGAGAACGAUGUCACUGUGUUCCCCCCUAAUUAUCAACGCGUCCAGUGGACUGAUGGCCGACAAUUGGACGCCUCGCGAAGGGACAGCUCGUUAGACGGCAUUCGGAGCAGUGAUCUUUUUGUGCCCGACCCGUAUAAGCUCCGUUCUCGUCGGUUUCAGGGACGAAAACAUGUACGCCGUCUGGUGAAGGAGGUCUGCGAGAGCGUAUAUGAAUUGAGUGACAUGCUGCAGUUUGUCAAGUGCAUGGGGGAUGUUCUGUGA